AGAGCCUUCUCCAAAAAGAAGACCAGCCUGGUUUUUCUGACCUCAUAAACACACAAAAUCCUUCUCUUCCCCACUUGUCCAACUUACCAUGCUCCUCCUUUAGUCUCUCUUCCUCACUUCUCCUUCUCAUGAAUCCCUUCUCCUUCUCAAACUCAUCUAUUUAGGUCACAAAAGAAAUGGACAGUUUGUUCUAUACCUCUUUUGGUUCUAAUGAAGAUUUCUCUUCCGCUUGUCCCUCCUUAGCGACUGAACCCGUGAAGCAAAGAGGCGACUUUGAAUCUGGCUUCCACUCCAAGCAUGAGAGAUCAACUGUGGGGUUUGAGGAAAAUGACGAGUUGAUUCAUCUAAAGAUGAGCGAAACUGAUCCAAUGUUGACAACAACAAGAAAGACGACGCCUUUUCUCCUUUGGCCCAAUUCUUGCUCUCCUGCUUCUAAUGGGGAGAAAAUGCUGACCUUUUCUUCGCCAACACCAGAUGUCAUGGCGUUCAGCAGUUGUGAGGCCUUACCUUACAUCAGGAAUUCAGGCAUGUGCUAUGGAAGCUCUAAUGUAAGCAUGAAUGGGAUUGUGCCUGGGUUUAGAGGUGCCUUCACUCCAUCUCAAUGGAUGGAACUGGAACAGCAGGCUCUGAUCUACAAAUACUUAGCUGCAAAAAUGCCAGUACCAUCAAGUUUGGUCAUCCCAAUCAGAAGAAACCUCAAUCCGUCUGGGUUCCCUUCCUUUGCUUCUGGAUUUUAUAGAACAGGAGCAUUAGGAUGUAGUUCCUUUAAUCUGGCUUUUGCUAGGAAUGCUGAUCCAGAGUCCGGCAGAUGCCGCAGAACCGAUGGAAAGAAAUGGCGUUGUUCCAGGGAUGCGGUUGGUGAUCAGAAGUACUGUGAGAGGCACAUGAACCGAGGCCGCCAUCGUUCAAGAAAGCAUGUGGAAGGCCACAAUGGCCAUGCUGCAAAAGCAGCUAUGCCUACCCCCUCACAAUCAGCAUCGGCUGUUUCAAGUUGUUCAUCUAAUAAUAUAAAUAGUGCACAUCAACAACAGAUCAAAAGCUUGCAGUCAUGCAUGGAAGAAUCAUCACCUACACAAUUUGAUAGGUUCCUUAUGAACAAAGGGACUGAAAGUGAAAGAGCUCAGAAUUCCCAAAGCACUUCCAUACCGACCAAUUUAUGCUCUGUGUUCACAGACACCUUGUUCCCCAUAUUCAAACAACAAACCUCCUUUGAAGGAACUAUUGUUUGCGCGGACUUUGGCCUGACCUUACCUGAUUCCCCAAGUAACCCUCCAAGAAGCUCUGACCCUGAGAAAUUAACUUGUAUGCUUGCACCUAAAAUGCAGGAUCAACAAUCCAAAUCUCACCCCCUUCUUCAUUUCAUUGAUGAUUGGCCAAAAAGCCACUCUAAACAUUCAACCAUCACCUGGCCUGAUGUGAAUGAAAUGCACACUGACAGAAUGCAGCUCUCUAUUUCAAUCCCUAUGGGCUCUUCUCACUACUCUUCAUCUUCUUCCUCACCCAAAAAGUAUAAACUGGCAUCAUCCUCCAAUCCUUUGAAAGAAGGUAACAAUAGACAUUAUAGUUGGAUACCAGUUUCUUGGGACCCUAUGAUAGGUGGACCUCUUGGGGAGGUUUUGAAAAACAAAAGUAUGAUCACUGAGAACAAUAGCAUGAACAACUCAUCUUCUCCACUGAACUUGCUGAGCAACGGUUGGAAUUCAAGCCCUAGGUUGGAUUCAUUGCCCACCGGAGUGUUGCAGAAAACUUGCUUUGUUUCACUGCCAAGUAGCACAGGGAGUAGCCCGCGAGUAGAGAGGCAUAAGGCUCAUGAAGUUGAUGACCUCGGAUUAAACGUUGUAAAUCUGUGGACUAUUACCAUGUUGUAAGCUUCUCAGACAAAAAGCAUCUAAGAUGAUGUGUAGAGAGUAAGAAAACUAGAGGAGUCCAUUAUAUUUUUGUAACUUGCAUUGUGGCUGGCUUUUAAAUGUCCACACAUCAGUAGACUAUGAAACUAUUGUGUUUGAGUUUUUAAUUCUGUGUAACUUCUCACUGAUACUCAAGAGAUUAUGCUAGAUCUUCUGAUGAGCUUUUUCAGACGUAUUUAUCAGCAAGCUUGCCAACUCUGAGCAACAAAAAAAUCUAUCUGAUUGAUUUACUU